CAACGCCACGGACAGUCUUGGUUUCGCCUCACGCAGGAAGAGAUAGCUAAGAAAGAAAGUUGACCCUGAUCUCGCCAAGGGAAAUGUCGGGUCAAUUAUUUUGCAUUUGGGCAAUCCUGCUCGUCGCGGCGGCAGCGACGACGCCCUCGUCCAGGUCGACGCGCACGUUAGGCUCGCUUUUCAGGGGGCGGACGAAGCAAGUUAAGGAGCCCGAGCCACAAGUUUUCCAAAACGUGAUUGGCACCCCACUUGUGUAUCAAGUGCGGUAUUAUGACCACCAGCAGUACGCGGGGGGUCAGCAGGGCAAAGCGGUGGACAAGGUGGGCGGCAGUGGGGUUUCGGACCAGCAGCAGCAAGGCAUGGUGCAACAAGUCGUGGGAAAUUCGGUGGUGACGGAUCAGCAAGUACAGCAGCAACAGAGGCGGUACCAGUACCACAAUUAUUAUCCGUACCAGGGUGGUCAAGUCGUCCCCACGCAACAAUUCCAGUACCCACCGUUCGUCUACGUCCAAGUACCGGGACGCACGACGCCCGUUCAAGUUCAAGUGCAACAACAACAGCAGCAGCAGCCACAGCAAUAUUACUUCCCUCAAGCCGCCGUGCCCCCUUCUCCGGUCGUGUGUUAUUACUACGUCGACCCCGGAGUGACGGAGGUUGUGGGAGAUCGCGUCGUCCAACAGCAGCAACAGCAACAGCAACCGUACGUUGUGGGGGGUGGCGUGGUGGUCGGAGUGGUGCAGCAGCAGCAGCCGGGUGUGGGUGUCGUUCAGCCAGGGGUCAUUCAGCCGGGUGUGGUCCAACCAACCGUGGUGCAAGGGCAGGGGGUCGGUGUGGGUGUGGGCGUGGUCCAACCGGAAACUAGAAGUCAGCCGGGUAACGGGGUCCAUUACACGAAUCGGGUCAGACCACCAAAUUUUACGCAGCAGGUGCAACAGCAGCAGCCCAUUGUGCCAAUUCCUGUCCAAGUGGGCGUGGGGGGUGUGGGAGUUGGUUAUCCGUACAAUGUCCCCAGUGGGUACGGAAACUACCAAUCCAUCGCCCAGCAGGCAUACUAUCCCCACUAUUUCAACCCUGUCGUGGCAGCAGCGUCCUCGCAAGUUCCCGAUUUCUACUACCAACCGUACCACAAGCAGCCGCAGGAAAAGAUAUCAUCCGUCGAGGGGACAUCUCAAGGGGUGAAGGAACAACAAGGGCAACAAACUGGAGGUUCGAGUGACAAAACGAUCAGUGAGGAAUGAAGAGGAAGAGAUGCAUAAAUGAUUAGCGUUAUGAUUUCAAAAUCUUUCUGUUUUUACUUUUACUAUUUUCCACCCUGUUUUUUGCAAGCAUGACAGCAUAAAAUGUCACAAAAAUAAAAUAAAAUACGGUGAUACAUA